AUAGGUUCCACCACCUCUCAAUGGAGAACGACAAACAAUCCCAGGGAAGCUUUUUAUAAGUAAGACACCAUCAUGGGAAAGAAGAAGAAAGAAGAGACUGAGAAGGCUCCUGUCUCAAAAUGUCCAGAUAACUCCGCAUUCAAACAGCAGAGAAUCCCAGCAUGGAGGCUCACCUUAACCCCCCAAAUCGUCCUCAGCUCAUUCUUUAUCAUCGGCCUCUUCUGUCUUAGUGUAGGAAUCUGUUGGAUUGUAGCCACUAGCAAUGUUAAAGAAAUAUGGAUCACCUAUUCUGACCAUUGUUCAAACUGCUCACAACUACUGGAAAAAUCUUCAAAUUCAAAUUCAUGCAAAUGCACUGUUACGUUUUCUGUGAAAGAAAAGAUUCAGGGAGAAGUCUUUUUGUAUUACGGGCUCAGCAACUUUUUUCAGAACAAUCGGAGAUAUGUGAUAUCCAGAUUUGACACCCAGCUGCUUGGGAGAAAUGUGACCACUGAAGAGAUUGGCGGCUACUGCGCUCCAUUUUCUGUAUAUAAUAAUGGCACCCCAAUGGCUCCUUGUGGUGCAAUUGCCAACAGCAUGUUUAAUGAUACAAUAACACUGGUCUAUCAACCGAACUCCACUUCCGAAAUCCCAGUUCCACUGCUAAAAACUGGAAACACCUGGUGGUCUGAUAAGAAUGUAAAGUUUAGUAACCCCAAACCAAAGGAUGAUCUUGUGCAGGCAUUUUCAGGAAGUGCCAGGCCACCAUAUUGGCAGAAACCAGCUUACGCUCUUGAUCCUCUUGACCCUAAUAACAAUGGUUAUAUAAAUGAUGAUUUUAUCAAUUGGAUGAGAGUGGCAGCUUUCCCGAACUUCAGAAAACUUUAUAGACGUAUCUCACGAAUACAACAGUUCUCUGAUGGCCUUCCACCUGGAAAUUACACCUUCGUCAUUGAAAACAAUUUUCCAGUAUCUAAAUUCGGAGGGAAAAAGCAUGUGAUCCUGUCAACCCUAUCAUGGUGUGGAGGAAGUAACAUGUUUCUGGGAAUUGCAUACACUGUGACUGGAGCAGCCAUUGUACUCACAGCAUUUGCCAUGCUUGCUGUGCACCUGAAGAAACGGAAGCCUAAGAAGAAAUUUUCUGUCAGAUAAGUUAAAUUGGCAGUAACCUUCUGGUAUCUCACUGACUCUUUUUUUUGUUUUUAUUGCUGCGUCUGUAAAAUAAAAAUGACACAUCCCACAUCAGGGUUUCUAAAUGCAGAUAAUUCUCUUAGCUUAUAUUAGCAAGGUCACAGAUCCAUAUUGUUCGAAGACAGAAGAAUUUACCAAUGGAAGAAUUGCCUCUUGGGUUGAAUACUGUGCCAUACUGUCAUUCAACUUUUUUUUUCUUUUAGGAAAAAAUCUGACUUUUUAUUAAGGCCUCAUGCACACGGCCGUUGCCCGACCGUGCCCAUAUUGUGGCCCGCAAUAUGCGGGCACCGGCCGUGUGCACCCCGCAUCACUCCAAACCUUAAAUUUGCAUACAAUCCAUGUUACCUUUAUCCUCAUUAAUGCAAAUGUCUUGACACUGAUGACACAUUAUGUGUUCCUGGAUUGAAAAUACGAUUUACAAGUUCCCUUAUUCGUUUGCACAUAGUACUACCCACGUACUGCAUAUUACAUUAACUACAUGUUUGGUGGAGCAAUUAAUAAAUGAUUUGAUAACAUGUGAGACCCCUGUAUUUGUAGAUAUUAUUUCCUUGGUAUUAUUAAUGAAUUUGCAUGUUCCACGCCGAGAGGAAUCACAUUAAUAAGUACCAGUGUUGUGCAGCCAAGUUUCCUUUGUUUUACCCAUACUGAUAACAUACAAAAAACAAAGCAAAAAAAACGAAUGUUGCAAUUUUGAAUAGGAUGAA